AGUGCCAGCAACGCAAUGAGUCCGACCCUGCAGCUGCUGUGGGCCACCGCCAUUAUCUGGUGCCUGACGACGCCCUGCCACUCAGGCAUCAUCCUGACGGGGGUAGCGCCGGGCUACGAACCAGAAGAGCCCAGCUUCAUGUACACAAACUUCGGCGUCGUGUACGGCACACGCGAGCUGCAGAAGCAGUACCAGUUCAACUCGGCCACUGACGAGAUCAACCAUCACCACACCGACAUCGUCGGCACGCGGGGUCGCAUCCGCGAGAACGUCACUCCGUACCAGGGGGACGCCAACCGCACACCCACACAUUCCGUCGAGCACAACCGGCAGAAGUGAGC